AUGGAAUACGGAAGAACGCGCAAAGGGCCGCUGCCUGGAGGUCGCCAGGGCGCGUCUGGAGCUGGCGCUGGACGCAACAGCAUGCGAACCGCCAGUAGAGCGAGAGGUGCUGCACGACCACCCAUCAGCCCCUCGCAUCCAUCAUCCCUACCAGAUGGCUUGGUUUCGGCAGGGUCUUCGCGGGCCCAGCAAUCGGCACCCGCCACUGGAGGAGUACGCCGCAUGCGAUGGACAAUCGAAAUGAAUACUAACGCAUUGCGGGCGUAUUUUAGGGCGAAAGGGGGAGAAGUUGGAGGUUUGGCGUAUCGGGCUAGGAUGCAUCGCUUUUUUGCAGAGCUGGAGCCAUCUCUACCCGUCACUGAGCAAAAAACCUGGCAGACCGAGUUCGGUACAUCCUGCGCUCCAACAUAUUUGGUGACGCCGAACUCGAACGACUACGACGUGAGGCUGUUCCCUCAUCGAAUGGAAAUGCUACGGCUGGGAAUACGGCGCCACUAG